AUGGUAUCAUAUGCGAGACUCGUCAACGAGAAUGGCUGCAUUCAUUGCAGUUUCCUUGUUGGGAAAUCCCGCUUAGCUCACAUGAAGCAGAUGACUAUACCCAGAUUAGAGUUAUCAGCCACUGUUUUGGCUGUCAGAAUGAACCAGACCUUACAAGAGGAAUUCCAGUUAAAGUUUGACAGGACGGCAUUUUGGACUGAUUCAACAGCCAUUCGCCAAUACAUCAAGAAUGAAGACAAACGAUUCUACACGUUUGUGGCCAAUCGGCUUACAGUGAUUCAUGAUGGUUCAGAACUUUCCCAGUGGAAUUAUGUGCCAACUAACAUCAACCCAGCGGAUGAUGUUAGCCGAGGUCUGACGGUGAAGGAGUUAUUGAGCAACGAGAGAUGGUUCAGAGGCCCUGCAUUUCUGUUGGAAAAUAAGUCAUCAUGGCCCAUCAAUCCAGUCUCCUUAGCCAUCAUCUCUGAUGAAGACCCAGAAGUCAGAGCUCGAGGCCAAACGAAUCACGUUACCCAGAUGGAGGAGAAACGACCACUGGACGUUCAAGUUCAAGAGAGCUGUUGCUUGGCUUCUGAGACUUGUACAACUGUUAAAGGGAACGAGUUCCUUGCGAGUUUCAUCACCUGUUAA